AUGCAAGAAGAAAAAAAGGCUACAUUAGCUGCUGGGGCGAUUGUCCACGGGAAUCCCCCGAGUCGUCAACCGGCGAAGCUAAGCGCGUGGUUCCAAAAGCACGCGUCGUACACGGGGUGGAUAUACCGAGUAUAUGGCUCUGAAUUCGGCCUCCGCAUCCUCAACCUCGAGACUCGCAAGCAGCGCGUGUUGACCACCGCCAAAGACAACCUGCCCUUCUACUCACCGGAUGGGAAACGCAUCGUCUUCACCCGGCGGACGAGCUACACCAACUUCGAUGUUGUGACCAUCCGUCUGGAUGGCAGGGACCCCCGCCGUCUUAACAGACAGUGCGGCAUGUACGGCUUCCGCGAUGAGUGCGCUCUCUACGAUCAGACUUUCCAGCCCUAUGGACAGAUCAUGCAGAUGAACAGUGAUGGGUCCAACAAGACUCUCUUGACGGAUAGCAAGUGGGAGGACUCGAUGGGGCUUUAUUUGCCGAAUCAUGGGCUUGAAUGA